CGGCGGAGAGGACCCGGCGGCCGGGCCUGCGUGGGGCCGCGCGCCGCGGCGUCGACUUCCUCCGCGCCGGGCGGGACAGCGCAGGGCCAUGGCCGAGGCGGCCGCGGCUCCGAUUUCUCCGUGGACAAUGGCAGCUACAAUUCAGGCUAUGGAGAGGAAGAUUGAAUCACAGGCCGCUCGACUCCUCUCCCUAGAAGGUCGAACUGGGAUGGCAGAGAAGAAGCUGGCUGACUGUGAGAAGACAGCUGUGGAGUUCAGCAACCAGCUGGAGGGCAAGUGGGCCGUGCUGGGGACCCUGCUUCAGGAGUACGGGCUGCUGCAGCGGCGGCUGGAGAAUGUGGAGAACCUGCUGCGCAACCGGAACUUCUGGAUCCUGCGACUGCCCCCUGGCAGCAAGGGCGAGGUCCCCAAGGAGUGGGGCAAACUGGAGGACUGGCAGAAGGAACUCUACAAGCAUGUGAUGAGGGGCAACUACGAGACGCUGGUCUCCCUGGACUAUGCCAUCUCCAAACCCGAGGUCCUCUCCCAGAUUGAGCAAGGCAAGGAACCAUGCACCUGGCGUCGUACUGGCCCCAAGGUCCCGGAGGUUCCUGUGGACCCAAGUCCAGGCUCUGGAGCCCCAGUUCCUGCCCCUGACCUCCUGAUGCAGAUCAAGCAAGAGGGUGAGCUUCAGCUGCAGGAGCAGCAGGCUCUUGGUGUGGAAGCCUGGGCAGCUGGACAGCCAGAUAUUGGGGAAGAGCCCUGGGGCCUCAGCCAGCUGGACUCUGGGGCAGGAGACAUCUCCACAGAUGCUACCUCUGGUGUUCAUUCCAACUUUUCAACCACCAUCCCACCCUCUUCCUGGCAAGCAGAUCUCCCUCCCCACCACCCCUCUUCAGCAUGCUCAGAUGGCACACUGAAGCUAAACACAGCGGCAUCCACAGAAGCAGAUGUAAAAAUUGUUAUCAAAACUGAAGUCCAGGAAGAGGAGGUGGUUGCAACACCUGUGCAUCCCACAGACCUGGAGGCUCAUGGGACUUUGUUUGCACCAGGCCAAGCCGCAAGAUUCUUCCCCAGCCCUGUCCAAGAAGGAGCCUGGGAAAGCCAAGGCAGUUCCUUCCCCAGCCAGGACCCUGUGCUGGGGCUGCGGGAGCCAGCUCGGCCAGAGAGGGACAUUGGUGAGCUCAGUCCUGCCAUUGCACAGGAGGAGGCUCCUGCCGGGGACUGGCUCUUUGGUGGGGUCAGGUGGGGCUGGAAUUUCCGGUGUAAACCUCCAGUGGGCCUGAACCCAAGGACGAUGCCCGAGGGACUCCCCUUCUCCUCUCCAGACAAUGGCGAGGUCAUCCUGGACCCCAGCCAGGCCCCGAGACCCUUCAAUGAUCCCUGCAAAUACCCCGGCCGGACCAAAGGCUUCGGCCACAAGCCGGGGCUAAAGAAGCACCCGGCAGCGCCCCCUGGAGGCCGGCCCUUCACCUGCGCCACAUGCGGAAAGAGCUUCCAGCUGCAGGUGAGCCUGAGUGCACACCAACGGAGCUGCGGACUGUCGGACGGCGCGGGCGCGGGGGCAGCCUCCACUGCUGCUGGAGGCGGAGGUGGCGGCAGUGGUGGCGGCGGAGGCAGCAGUGGAGGUGGGGGCGGUGCGAGGGACAGCAGCGCCCUGAGGUGCGGAGAGUGCGGCCGCUGCUUCACACGCCCCGCACAUCUCAUCCGCCACCGCAUGCUGCACACGGGCGAGCGGCCCUUCCCCUGCACCGAGUGCGAGAAGCGCUUCACAGAGCGCUCCAAGCUCAUCGACCACUACCGAACGCACACGGGCGUGCGGCCCUUCACCUGCACGGUGUGCGGCAAGAGCUUCAUCCGCAAGGACCACCUCCGCAAACACCAGCGCAACCACCCAGCAGUGGCCAAGGCGCCCGCCCAUGGUCAGCCGCUUCCGCCACUGCCAGCCCCUCCCGACCCCUUCAAGAGCCCUGCAGCCAAAGGACCUAUGGCCUCCACAGACCUUGUGACUGACUGGACUUGUGGCCUAAGUGUCUUGGGACCCACUGAUGGCGGUGGAGACCUGUGAGGGCCGCAACGCUCCAUGUGGCCCCCUGCAGGCCACAAAUGUACAAAGUCCCGUGUGCAGAUAGCAGGGUGGCCUGAAAGCUCAGAAGCAAAGAGGGAGACUUGGCAGAGAACCAAAUUUCCAUGUUGCUGAACUGAUCACUGGAAAUAGAAACUAUCAAUGCAACCUCCACCUUAAAGAAAGUAGGAUUCCGACUGUGAAACUGAACAGCUUAAUAGGAUCUUAAGUAAUUUAAUUACAAACCCAUUUUUUUGUUUGUUUUUCUCUUUAAUUCUUGAGGAAAAAGCUGAAAAACAGUAUCAACACCAGUUGAAGUUUUGAGGUGUACUUGUGGCUUUAAGGGGUGUGUGUCUACUUUGUCUUAGCGGUGUUGGAAAGACAGUCAGUGGGAGAAGCAGGCCAGGGCACUCCCGGCCUUGGACCACACAGUCCUGUGGCAGGUGAGUUCCUCAUCUAGCCAGGCAGCUGGCCGAGACCUUGGGCCCUGGGUGAUGAGGGCACUGGCCCUAGACAGCCUCCACCCAUCAGUAAGAACCCCGCUAGAAGUAGCCCUUGCCUCCUGAAAAGACCCCAUAAAGCCGAAGCCUGACUUCUCCCUUGAGCCAUCUGCGGGACCUGUCCAAGGUGGUAAUGUCCUCUGUGGUAGUGACUCCUGGGCCUGGCUAAGACGAGUCAUGGAGCUGUAGUAGUGUUAGGUCUGAGGGUGGUUAGCCCUCAGACAUGAAGUCACAGAAAGCCAGAGCCACCCAUCUUGGGUUAUGUCCAUUACCCAUAGAUGCUUCUGUUGGCUGCCAUUGUGUAGUAUGUUCAUUUUCAAAAUGGUUCCACUUCACAGCUCAUUCCACCAUUACCAUGACUUUGGAAAGCAGCUAGACAGGUGGUUCUUUUUAGAGAAGAGGAAAUAAAGGGUUCAAAGGGGACACAACCUCUCACCAUGAGGACUGUGUGUUCCAGGAGCUGGGAAGAGCUGCAGCUGAGACCCAGUUCUCCUAGAACAACAGUUUAGGGAAGAUUUUGAGAUCUUGUCCUUUUAAAAGCUUUGUCCUACACACAUGGAUCAAAGCAUCAAGACACAAAACUCCUCCUGCCUCAGCAGCUCGAGCUGGACAGCCCCCUGGUGUGUGUGCUUAUGUAUCACUAGGCACGCAGGGGGCAGUUGGAUUGCCAGGUAACUGGGUACAUGGCUCAGGCCUGCCUGGAAUAUCUUCAGUGGAAUUAGAGCUAGGUCCAAGUUUCUGUCAUAACAAUGCUGUCCCCCCACACAUAGCCAUUCCCAUUUUGUUUAAGCAGCCACUGGUCCUCUUGCCCAAAUGGCUAAUGACUCCCUGAAGAGGGCAGAGACCAUGGUGCCCAUUCAGCAACCUCCUGCAUACUUUAUUAGAAAUGGACUAGUUAAGAAAAUGGUUUCUAUGUACUGUAUAUUUUGUACCUGUUUACACUUCUAAUAUUGAUAUAACUGAUAUUUUGAAAAACAAAUGAACAGAAAACAUCCUGUUAAAAUAAAAUCUAACCAGCAC